CCGAAUUCCGCAUCAGAAACAGCGUUCUUGUAUGACAAGAGAGGCUGCCGCUUUUGUUGGUCAUGCAAUACAGAUUUCGCAGGAAUGUAACGCCAGCAUUACAAGUUCCAACUUUCCAGACCCAGGCAUGUUUGCAUUUGAUAGACGAAGACGGUGAGCUAUUUGGACAAAUUUACCGAUUUCGUGUAUGUGAAUACUGGGUUGCAAUUCGUCGUGAGUGUUGUCGUGAAGGAAAUUCUUUGGGGAAAAGUGUUGAAGCCGGUUUUGUGUUGCACGGUGUGCAGGAGAAGAGAUAAGAAUGCGGGUGAGAAAAACAGCCAAGGAGCAUCCGUUUUACCGAACAGCCCGUCGAAAGCGAGCAACAUCCCGUUGAAGCCGAUUUUGUGUUGCACGGUGUGCAAGAGAAGAGAUAAGAUAUGAGAUGGUCUGGAGGAUUAUGACUUCAAUAAUUCAAAAAAAUCUUUAUUAAGACAGCAAAUAGGCACAUAUCCAUCCUGAAUCGACUCCGUUUUGGUCCUCCGUUGUCCACAGCUUCCGCGCGUCACCACGUGGCAGAUUAUGAAUGUGAUAAUCUAAAUGAGAUCCCAAUUUGGUUUUUCACUAAUGAUCGCGGUGCUAUGAUGUGUUUUUUUCAAAAAGCAACGACACCAUCGCGAUUCCGUUUAGGGGACCCCUUUAAAAGGGGUCUCGUAAAACUCUAAGCGCGAUGCUACGGCGUGCAUUUGUAAGGGUCUUGUAAGACCUCUCUAAAACCGUUUAGC